CACAAGUCAUCGAGCGAGAGUGCAGGAGAGAGCGCGUGGACGAGACUGCGCCCAUCAACAGCACACAGACACAGAGAGCGCGCCUGAACAAUGGCACGAGAUUCACAUAUGACUGCCAUGUGAAGACACAGUGCUGCUGUCACUGAAGAUGAUGAUGGGGAGGAGAGACGCGCACCCUGUACUCCAUCACUGAUGAGAGAGAGAGAAAGGCGCGUUCACCUGCAGGCCCGGGAUGCGCGCACACAAGUGCCUCUGAUCAUACGGGAAAUAAUGACUUUAUAUCUUCAGCUGCUGUGAACCUAAAGAAAUAAAGGCUGGUGCGGGCAGAACAGAUGCAACAUACCAGCAGAACUGCCUCACAUUGAUGGACCAUAAAGAGACCAGAAUCAUCCUGCAGGACUCGACAGAAACCAAUGAACUGCACCAGACAGGGUCACAUGAUCUGAACAGUAAUCUGAAGUUGAAUGGUGCCGCAGAUGCUGCCUUACACACUUCACCCACGGCUGCCGCAGUGAGUGUGCAGAAGAGCUAUUCAUACUGCCACAGCAUUACAUUGGCCUUCAAGCACCGCUUAUUACGGCCACUGUCAACACAUUUAGAGGACCACCCAACUGAUGAGGCCUCAAACCACGCCAUAUCCAUCACACUCUCCACUGCCAAGGGCUUGAGCCCCCUAGGCUUUCCAAAGGCAACAAACAUCCUUGAUUCACCAUGAUAGAACCCACAAGCAUCCCUGGCCUGACACAGGACUGCCAGAUUCAGCCAAUUCGCACAUGUCUGGGCUGCUUUGUCGAGACUAAGGGCGUGUCCAACAUAGAAUCCAGUAUCAACCUCAAAAUUGCAGACAUGAACCGGGAAUACAAUGCCUGCCCUAUCUCUGAUACUAACAUGCAAAGCAUAAGCACAAGCGAGACAGGAAGUUAUGAAGACCAGCUCCUCUCUGAUCAGCUUUUGACCUUUUCUGCCCCUAAAACCCAGUUGGUGGAGAAGAAGGACAUGGAGAAAAUGGAGGGUGACUUAACUGAUUCAUCUCCCAAAAACCUUUAUGAAGGCCUGCUGUUAGACAAGUGCAAUGGAGAAGAUGGUCUGCUUACCAAUUCAAAUCAGGACUGGGGCUACUUUGAGUCUUUCAUUAGUGAAAGUAAGAUUGAAUUGCUGGAUCUCUGUUCCAAGAAUGAGCUCUCUGUAAACCUCUUCUCUGAAGAGGAUGUGGACAAUUACAUGUUUGAUGACGAUGAUGAUUCCACUCUGAGUAGUGACGUGUGCUCGCUAAAGAUACGCUAUGAGUCCUUUCAGGACAACAUGAGAGAGAAAACAAAUGUCCUGCAAGAAGAGACACAGUUCAACUUUUUCCCAAGUGUCCUGGUAAACUGCACAAAAAAGGAGGGUGGUGUGGUGAAACGAGCUGUGGAUGAGCUAACAAAUAAACCAGAGGAACUUGGAUUUCAGCCCGAGAGCAGAGGAGAUGGGAAUGAAAGCUCCAUAGAGCAGACAAAUGACUACAGCCCUGAAAUGAACUACUUCAUCGAUUCAAGCUUUUCGCCUGAUGACUCCGGGGAGUAUAGUGAUGACAGCUCUGCCACCAUUUCCUCCUUUGAUACCUUUCAAGACAACACUUCUAGAAACUCACGAAAGAACGCAAGUUGCUCCAACCCUCUGAACUAUGGAUUACGGGCCAAGAGAAAAGUUAGGUAUAGUGAUGACUACUUGUAUUACGUCGACUCCAUUGAUGGUGAGAAGACUGUGGAAAAGCGAGAGAAACUACCUGUUGGUCCAAAAGAAGAACUGGAUGAUGACUGGUGUCCAAAAAAGAGACGGAAAACAUCUCGCAAGGAUCCACCCUUACUAAUCAAAUAUGUUAUUGUAAACAGGUUUAAAGGAGACAAGUGCAUGGCUAUAAAUCUCGCCAGAAUUGACUCAACCGACAUGACGGUAAGCUUAAAUGAGGACACAGUCAGCAAAUAUGAGAAGCUUGCACCUCUGAAAGAUUUCUGGCAGCAGAAACAGAGAGAAAGAGAGGAACAGCUUAAGCUGGCAGCAGGAGAUAAAAACAAUUCUCACCAUCAUGCCUUCAGUUCCAGUCCCCCCAAAAGGAAACGCAAACUAGCAAACAGGCUUAGGAUUCAGAGAAUUCAAACUGUGGAGCAAUCACCCAACACGCAGGGCCACUUUGCUUCUGAUCCCAGGCAGGAGGUUGCUUCUACAGAUGAGACUGCCUCCAUAGGAAGGCCAUUAACAAUAGCCACCAGCUGUGCAAGCACAUUAGAUCCAAAUGACAUCAUACACACUGCCGCCCGGAAGAGCAGAUCACAAGAGAUGGAGGAAAGGAGAAUUGGAAAUAAAAUAUUAAAAAUACAGAAAUUCAGAAGCGAAGCCCAACUUAGGAGCAAGAAAAUGAGAGACCUUGCGGAAGCUAACAUGACAGAUCUGUUGGAAGUUUGCAUGCUGCAGAAAAAUUUGGACACAGUAGGAGGUGCGGAAGAUAGAAAAGUCAGGCCAGCUGCACAUAGUCCCCAUUUGUGUGAGAAUCAAACAGCUAAUAGCACUGAAAAAUUUGCCUUUGUGUCUGCCACCUGCUCCCCUAACAAAGAGGCAUCGUCUGAGAAUGUGGCUGCAAGUGUACCCGUUAUCCCUGGGGGCUACCUACAAACAUUGUUAGAAGCCUCGGAUUCCUCAGUAGGUAACGCUGGUAUCUCUUUCUUUGCUCAGCAGCCCCAUAUUCAACACUCACUGGAUCCCUCUUUAGAAAAGCGGCAGUUCACCUCAGUUCAGCUGGCACAAAGCUGUGUACUUUCUCCACCGUCAGAAUCUGAGCUUCAACAGUCACCCCAGAAUUGUUCAAAUCUCACCCAAAUGUGGCACACCCAGCUUGGUUCCAACCAUCAGUUUACCAGUGCAGAUAUUGCAGAAUCUGCCGCCCAACGUGACAGUUUCCCUGGAGAGAUGCCCAUGCCAAUGUCUGAGAGUCUGACUGUGUCAGUGUACAGCCAGCUAAGUCUGGAAAGCAACAGAAUGCUUUAUGAAAAGAAUUACAUGCCUGAGCAACCACUGACUCCUGAUGCAGAGUUUCAAGCAUGUCAGGGGCAGCCACAAUUUCAAAGAGCCACACUACAUACCGACAAUGGCCGUCUCAUCAGUUUCGAUUCACUUGGCUCCCUGUCAGCUACUUCUAGCAAUUAUAGCUCUCUGAGUCUUAAGUCCUGUGAAAAAGAUGGCGAGAAUGAUGUGAACGAGAACUUUCUGGCCCACUGCAGUCCCAAACUGGUGAUUCAGCAGAGUAUUGAUGCAAUCACACCCUUGAGGGAGUCCACAGACUUGCUGGAUAUCUCCAACUUUACUCCCGAUAAAUUCAGACACGCAUCAUUGUCGGAGUUGUCUCCUCCAGAAACACCCAAUUUAUCACCUCAAGUUAUUGGUCGUGAGAUGAAGAUAGCUGGGAAGGCCAGUGAUCUCCAGGAUGGGUCAAAAAGUUCAUGCACCAAAGACAUGGACUGGAACUGCAACAUGAUAGAGAGGCAAGAUUUGACUAGAUAUUCAGUGGAUGAUCAGGAGUAUAGCUUGCACAUUUUUAAUGGUAAAGAUAACUUAAGCCUGGGGACGAAAGAGGAGAAUCAAGCUAAAUGUGAUGGUGAUAUGAUGAGUGCAAUAAAGGGGACCAAGUCAAAGAGGAAAAAUACCACCAAACAAUCUACAGGUCAGUGUACCAAAAAAAGCAAAGCCCCAAGAGCUCCUAAGUCAGAGAAGGGCAAAAAUCCAUGUCAGGCUUCACGGGCAUCUAAAAAGUUAAAGGCUUUAUUGGAUGAGAAGGGUGGUAAAGGCCAGAUUGAAAGUUCAGCUCAUCCACCAAAAGACGGCAGCUCUGAGGAAUGGACAGGAGUAGGAUGGUCAGAAGGCAAAACUCAAGUCCAUGAUGAGCAACGAGAGUUUGAAGAGCCAUCCAACAUCUUAUCAAAUAUUGUCUCAGGGAUGGCAGAGGUGCAAAGAUUCAUGAUGGCCCCCAUUGAGCCAAUAUGGGGCCCUUCAGCAAAUAUCUGCCUGCCUUCAGAGGCAAACAGCCUAAAGUUAAAAACUCUCAAAAUCCUUGCAGGAACUUCCUCUGACCCCAAGAAGAAAGGCACUGUUGCGACUACAGGGGGCACUAAAGGCAAAAAGACCGGGACAAAAAAUGGCAAAAAUCAGGCCAAGUUGAACGGCACCCUUCCCUUUUUCCCUCAGUUGGCUUUGGGCUGUAACAUGUUUGACAAGUCUAACCUUGCCGUUCCUGGCAUUAAUGGGCCUGCACACAAAAAGAUGUACCGUCACAAAACGAGUGCAAAAUUCCCUCGCAUUGAAAAUCUAAAGAGCACACGACCUGAACGAGAGCCAAAUAAGGACAUAUCAUUAAUGGCUUCUUUUGAGAAACUGAGGAGUUGUAAUGCCAUGGAAAUCUCAAAAUGCUUCAUUCUCAAAAUGCUGUCUUUUUCUUUUACCUAAGUAAUAAUUAUAAUGAUGAUGAUCGACUAGAACAAUACAUUAUCAUUAUUAUUAUUAUUAUUUAGUGCCACUGUACAGAAAUGCACCUAUGAAAGCAAAACAUGAAUUCUAUCAGUGUGCCAAAUGUAAACUUUUUCUGCACAUUUUUUCUUUACAAAUACUGUAUACUGGUUAUUCCAUUAACUGUCCUGAUGAAUGCUGGCUGUUCUAUUUCAUGACCUAACAAGAGCUGACAUUUAUUUCUGGUUAGUAUUUUGUUUUCUUUUGGGACCUUAUAGUUUGAACAGCACCUGCAGCUGACAGUGGUACCGUACAACAACUCAACCAAAGGAACUAGACUUUGGCACUGUUUACACCUGAUAUUACGAUGUGUUUUGGUCGAUCGGAGCACAAGUGGAUGACACUAAAUAAAGGAUAUGUAUAGGUAGAGGUAUUUGUUCCAGAGUUCAGUUUAGCCACUAGUCAGACCAACAAACAAACAGAGACCAGAAGUUAAGUUCUGUCCAGACGCAAAUCACACAUGUGUCCGGUAAAACCAUUUAUAUGUUUUGUUGUUACAUAAAUCCUGACUUCUAGUGUGAACCCACAGUGUAUGAAGCGGUCAUUGAUAAAAUUAAAGCAGCUGCUCUCCGCUUCUUUACCAAGAUAAAAACCAAGAAGCAAAGGUGAAACAUGAAAAGAGAACAUGGAUAAUAAAGGACGGCAUCUGUCUUGUAUAAGCGAAUAAUUCAUAUACUUGGAUUCUGUAAUCAAACAUUGUUGGUUUUUAUGUAUUGAAGGGAAACACUUAAGAUGAACAGAACAUCUGUAAAGGGAUAUGAUUCAUUGAGCCUGGUAGAGAACAUGUUUUGUACGCCUUUUGGUUUAUCCAUAUCUAAACAAAUCCCUGCUUGUCCGUAUAGGUCUUAACAUGUUUCAAGUAAGUUCCUGUAGUAAGAUUUAAACCUUUGAUAGACUCCGCCCCUUCAGUCACAUCGCUCACUCAUACAAAGUCCAUACAAUUUCAUAGAGAUUUCUGUGAACAGCAAAAUGCUCAUAAAGUGGUAAAAAAUUAAAUGGAUAUUAUUAUUAUUAAUAUUAUGUGGGCUGAAGUGACAUUUCAAUCAUUUUAUGUGUCAUUUAUCUUUAAAGAGUUAUAUAAAUAAGUGUGCAGUUAAGAAAAAAAAUUUCUGAAUUAGAUUUGAGGGAAGUAAUUAAAACAAAUCUAAAAAUAUAACAUGACUCUGGCAGGGCUAAUGGAAAGGUCAUUUACAUUUGACAACAGAAACAACUGAUUUUCUGUUCAUAGUUGCUAACAUUAAUUGUUUUGGUCAGCUUGGUAUAUUUUGUUUAAUUUGUCAUCAUAUUAGUGGUGCGUAUACUGUUUAAUGACUGCAUUAGCCAUAUACAAAUUAUCAUCACUAUACUCAAAAUGUACCUAAAAAACCUUUGAAACCAAAUCAGUCCUUUGAAAAUGCACUGAAUACGUCAUUGGCAUUAACCACAAAUGAUAGUAGAUGACACGUUUUAUUUAAUAGAGACUAUCUCAGGUAAAGUAUUGCCUUACCGAAAGCUUUUACCUUACAAAGUUUAAGUCUGUCCCCUUCUGCCUGUAUAGCCGGCCAUGUUUAGGACCAGGAUGACGCUCAUGAGAAAACUGCACAUGGCCCGUCUCGUCUGCCUUCUCUCAUUUCUGCCUGUCGUCAACUGAAUGUACUUCAAGCUUUUUACUGUGUGCCACUGUUAAGCUGCCUCCUCCUACUGGUGCUAAGAGGGUAAUUUUAUUCUCCCACAAAUUAUGAAACAAGGAAUAAUCGAAAAGAAAAACCCUGUUCCUCUCUUUACGAAUGUACAAUAGAUGCUUCGGUUUGAUGUAUUCAUAACAUGAUUCUUUGUCUUUAAUUGGAAUAGCUUUUGCCUUUUUGUUGGAGAAAUAAUUAAGCUUUAUAAAUAUUGUCUAGAGUUGAUACCUUAAGGGAUUCUUAAUUAACUCUCGACAUUACAAAAAUAUUGUAUAUUUUUCUCUGUGCCAAUUUGUAAGAUAUUUUGUAAGUGUAUAUUUUUCUUAGAAAGUGCUGUGAAGUAUUAGUGUGUAUGUGUGUGUGUGUGUGUGUGUGUGUGUGUGUGUGUGUGAGAGAGAGAGAGAAACCUUUUUUGUGCCUCAUGUAGGCAGUGAAAAGGAUGUAUAAUGAUUAGUUUUUUGGUUUUAAAAACCAAAAUCUUAAGAAAAACUUAUUAUAAGAAACACAAGGGAAAAUCUACAUUUUGUGGCAAGUUUUGUAAGAGGAAAAUUAUCUUGUUGUGAGAGUGUUGUUGUAUUAUUGUGCAAAACGCAUAUAGGCAGAAAAGAUCGAGAAAAAAUUUGUGAACUAUUUGCCGUUUUAUAGAUUUUCAUGUAAAUUAUUCUUGUAUUAUUUUAUGUUGUAUCUGUUGCAAAGGUUUUAAAUAUUUGUGAUCAAGCCUGUAUGGUGAAAUGUAAUAUUGGUAACUUGCUGAGUUUUGUAAUAAUGUUUAUGGAGUACAUAUACAAAUUAAAAUGAAA